AUGUUCCCACCAGAGCUAAGUCCAACGCCUCCGCAGCUCUUCAUCUCUGUCAUGGCUAGGACAGAAGAAGAAAAGGAGAUGAGGAAGGAACACGAGGGAGAGGAGAAGAAAUACAAGGAAAAGGUCUGGGACAAACAGGAAGAGGUAGAAAGAGAACAAAAUGAGAAGAAAGGGGACCAAAAAGAAAUGGGACAGACAGAAAAGUGCUUUGAACUGAGCAAACUUGCACUUCCACAAGAAAUCUUGGCAGAGGAAGAAGAAAAGGAGACAGAAGAAAGAGGAGAUGAUGGAAAGCACAAGGGAAAGGGAAAAGAUAAUCCUGACAAAUUUGGGUUAAUCACCCCUAUGAUGACAGAAAACUACACUCAGAUAGGAGAAAUAGGGAUGAGAUCCAUCCUCAAUUCUUCAGUAGAUCAAGAGGUGGGAUGGACACGGGAAGAACGAGUUGCACCUUUUCCCAAGCCCCCUCGUAAAAACAAGCCAAACACAGUGCUCCACACUGAGAUCCAAACUCUUCAUCCCCCGACCCAGGACCCAAUGAAAGAAGAUCAGUACACAUCAAGUGGAGACAUCCAUCGUGAGCCUCUUCUGAGGGACACUCAUGAUGCUCUGAUCAAGCCCUCUGAGACAGACACGUGGACUGGUGCUGUCAAACGAACAGUGGAUCACAAAGGGAUGCAGCUGUACCACCAUGGGGGGCAUAAUUUGGUACCUGGCAAUGACAUGGUGAUUUUUAAAAUGUCAAGCGGACAUCUUAAAGAAACAGACGUGGUAGGGAGAGAGCUGGAUCCAGGUGAGAGAGGUUGGGGCGGACAACAAGAAACCAUUGAGACUGACCAUAAGAACAAGGCAGUAGGAAAAAUGAAGAAACUUGCUAUGAAGAUGGGUAGAUUGACAGAAGCAAGACAGCAGGGGCGAGGAAACGGAGGGGUUAAGGAAGAAAGAGAUGGAGUAAGAGAAGAGGACGAUGAAAUUACAUGUGCCUUAUACAAAGACCAGUCUCCAGUCAGAUGGCAGCAACAAAUGCCCAUCACCAACGAGAAAGAGAGGCAUAUAGAGCAACAAGGUAAAGAUGAAGUGGAGAAGGACGAAGAGGAGGGGAGGGAUGAAGACACUAUGGACCAGUCAGCGAUGGAGGAGACGCUGGGUCCUACUGGCCACAUAGCGAGAUGGGUUACAAGACGAAAUGCAACUUCACAGAGCCCUUUCAGCUCCUUCAAGUUCAGCAGUGGAAGCAACCUGGUGGAAGAGCUUCUGUCAGCAUGGUCACACCUCCUGUCCACCUACCAGAGCCCCUCCCCUCCCCAGCCUCUGGACCAGUCCUGCUCAGAGGACAUGGCCCAGCCCAGCCUGUAUGGACCAGAUGCAGACGCAGAUCUGGACCUCCCUCUGGAUGUUUUUGAAUGCAAUCAUGUCAAAACUGAGGAGCCAUCUAUCUCUGAGUAUACGGCCUUAUCAGAGAGCAGCGUCACAGCCGAGAGCCAAGCACAUGUGAAUCAACAGGAAGAGGGCAGCUUGAACAGUGGAGCAGUCAUUUCUGCCGUGCCGGAGAUAUCACUGGACAAAGAAGGAGUUAUAAUGAGCCCCAGGACUAAAAACGUCUAUGACACUAUGGUGUUGAUCCAGGCUCCGUGUCCUGCGUUCACAGACACUGACAUCUCUGAUGUUAAGUCUCUAGGGCCCUUGGACUGUUCCAUUCAGAGGUAUCGCAUCAAGCUGAGCAAGAAGAGGAGACACCGAGCGCCACGGCUUCCAAGUAGGACCCGAGAAAUCAUUCCCUCCUUCACUUGUCUACAAGUCUUCCCCACGUCUGUCUUCUACAAUGUCCCAACUUCUGGAGGCAUGGAGGAACAGAAAGCCCACACCAUACAGUGUGUUCACAGCAGUCCCAGAUCUCUUGCCAAGUUCAUGACAGCUCUGAGGGUCAAACCAAGAUGAAAGCAGUCCAGGCAAAGGAGGACACAGGAAUGAAAUAGUGGCCCCUCUUUGUUUUAGCAUACGUUUGUGCAAUAUAAAUUAUAACAAUAACAACAUCAGCAGGAGAUAAGGCUGAAUUUCUUGGGGAAAUGGUAUGAUGGAUACCCUGAUAGCACACUCUCAUUGGCCCUAUAUGUCUACCUAACGUCAAACUGAUGAAUGAUCAGAGCAUAUUGAUGUCACCCCCAUGUAGUUUUCUCACUGGCACAUUGGAGCUAUUUUUCUGUUUCUGAUAUCUGCCCUACAUCAUCAUCAAUGUAAUCUACAGAUCAUUUUAAAGUCAGGCCUCCAUAUUAAAAGCCAACACUGAGCUCACUGUAUGUAGGCAAGAUGCUUUCAAGAGAAAACAUUGGUAUACCUUUACUUGUAUGUAUGUAUUAUCUGAACUAUUAUCUGUAACUAUUAUCAGAGUUGAUUUAACAAUAAGAACAUGUGACCUGUUGGGAGGACCAACUGUGCUGGUCUGUUCCUAAUUGGUCCACAACUGUUGUUCUUUAUAUAUAUAGUGUAUA